GCUUAAAGUUAGCCAAGGCAGAGGCAAGUGACAAAGAUUCCGCUUAGGGCUCCAAUGAAGCUCCAGUCUAGAGCUGUGGCUAUGGCAUUAAAACUUCUUCAUGUGCUGCUUCUUGUUUUCCGCUCCCAUAUUUGUUAAACAAAUAUAAAACAUGCAGAUUGGCCUCUCUGCGUCAGCCCAUUCACCUGCCGUUGAGCCGCAGCGCGCACUCAGACGUCACUUGGAGCCCACGUGCUGACCGUGAAAUUUUACAGCUGCGACAAGGCAAAGGCAGUGCGAAAAUAAGAAGAAGAAAUAGUAAAAGACCAAGAUAGAGAGGGACAGAGCUAGACAAAGAGAGGGAGAGAGAGAGAGAUCAGAGCUCAAGGUAACAUAUGUUGCCAGGCAAAGCCCAUGCUCUAGUUGUCAUGCCUCCGGCCCGAAGAUCUCGAGAGCCAUUGAAAUUGUCAAACGCCCCCCGUCAAGAGGCUGCACCGGGCAAAAAUCGGCUUAAAGCCGCGUCCAAUUGAGUUUCGGAUCGGUUCACUUGUUGCUCUGGUCAAUUUUUAUUUUGUUGACUUUGUUCGGUGAUUCAGCAACGUUUGACUGUUCGUUGAUAAGAUGCGCAAAAGUAAGAUAAAUAACGGAACAUGGCAUCGAGCCAAGUCAAAUAUUGAAACACAGUCACACUUUCGAAGGCCUAACCAUCGAUGGUAUAAAUACCCCAAGUGCCAGCUGGUCAGCUAUCAAACGACUCUGUGCAUUCAAACAACAGACAACAUACAACAUGAGAACCAGCUACGUCUCACUUGCCAUCUGCGCCUGCUUGGCCCUGGCCGCUGCAGAUGUCUCACAUUUGCCCAGCAGCUACUUGCCGCCGGCCAAGCCGGAGCAGGUCGAGCACAUGUCCAUUGAACAGCACGAGCUGCGGGAGCUGCCCGAGCAGGUGGACUAUAUACGCGAGAAUGAGCAAGGCGUCAUGGAGAUGGCGCCCAGCAGCCAACUGACUCCGCCAGCCAUGCCGCAAGCGGAGCAAAUGCUCUCGGCUCGCUAUCUUCCGCCAGCUGAGGCAGCUGUGCCCGCCGCAAGCUACCUGCCACCUGCUCAGCCUGCUUUGCCCACUGUUGCUGCUAUGCCUGCCACGCGCUACUUGCCGCCCACUCAGCCCGAGCCGGAGCCAAUGAUGCAGCCCGAAAUGAUGCCAGCCAUGGAGUACGUAGCACCGACUGAGCCUCAGCCUGAAGCAGCGACUGCCAUGCGCUAUCUGCCGCCCGCACAACAAGCCGAGCCAAAUAACUAUCAGCACUACCAGGGGCAGGAGCAGGAGCAAGAGCAGCAGAUGCCCUACAUUCUGGAUGUUCAACAGCCGAUGGCUCCCUCCGAUGCCGACUCCCUGGCCCAGGAACCAGAGCCCGCCCACGAGCUGCGCCAGGAUGGAUAUCAUUACAAACACGCUGAGCAGGAGCAGCGCCUGCGGCACUAGAUCAAGCCCAAAGUCACCAGAAUGUUGUUAAAUGUUAAUUUAGUAGUAAAAGCAUGAAUAAAACGAGAGUUUACUAAACGUAGGUCCCAGAUUGUCUGUCAUUGAGGUAAAUCUUCUGGAAUUGCCUAUUACUUGGGUUUCCAUUAAAAGAAUUUUAUAAAACAGCUAGUCAGUCACAUCGAC